AAUAUGGCGCCCGCCCCUCGAAAUGCGGCUGCGCGGGCGCUGUGCAUGCUGGGAGGGAGGUCAGUGUAUAGCAGAGCCCAGCGUAAGGCGGUCGGUCUUUGUCUUGUCGCUUUACUCCCCGGGACGGAAGGGCGGACACCGCCGGGAUGGACGUGUUUUUGAUGAUCCGCCACCACAAGACCUCCAUAUUCACAGAUGCCAAGGAGAACACCACAGUAUACGAACUAAAAAGGAUUGUUGAGGGAAUCCUAAAGAGACCCCCUGAGGAUCAGAAACUGUAUAAGGAUGACCAGCUACUGGAUGACAACAAGACCCUAGGAGACUGCGGCUUCACCAGCCAAACUGCCAGGCCACAAGCACCGGCCACAGUGGGGCUGUCAUUUCGCAGCUCAGGAGACUCGUUUGAGCCACUGCGGGUGGAGCCCUUCUCUAGCCCCCCUGAGCUGCCGGAUGUAAUGAAGCCACAAGAAACGAGUGGGAGCGCCAACGAGCAAGCCGUGCAGUAGCGCCUGGGAGGAGCCGCGCGCUGUUUGUAUUCGUUAGACUCCACCCACUCUCCUUGCCAUGCCGGGGUGGUGAUGGAACUCAGUGCUUUGCAAUCUUUGUGGUUCCCUCCAACAAGUGAUGGGAGUAAUAUCUCUUAACCCUGACAGCUCACACCCCCGCCCCCCACUCACCUUGUUGUACAAAGUGACCCCGCCCCUUGAAUCCAAGCAGUCUGACGUGGGGGCGACUAUUCAACCCCCCCCCCUUUCCAUUUUUCAAUCUUCCAUUUUUUUUUCUCCUGCUUUAUUUUCCCCUACCCCCCACAGAUCCCAUUUGUUUGUUUUUGGGGUGGGAAUUUUGGUUUUGAUUUUGUUCUAUUUUAUUUUUUGAACACAAUAAAUUUUUUUGCCUGUGA